AUGCCGCUCUUGCUAAGGACCACGGCACCCAGCCCCAGCAUCGACGAGCUCGUCUUUGCAGUGACAGCGGCUCCACUGUCGUCACAACGCUCGGCGUCCUCGACCACGUCGGAGCGGUCGCUCUGCGCCACACACGACCGGCCUUCAGUUCGUCGUCGGCGCAGUACAGUCGGCACCGAUUCUGAGGUUGCCGACUGGUUGCCGUCCACUUCCAACGACUUGGGGCGUCACUUCGCGAUGGGACGAUGCAGUCAUCAAAGCGUGAAGUGUGACGGGGACGUUGCUAUUACGAGCAAAGACGCAGCGGCGGAGGAAGAUAAGCGCUCAUCGCGUGACACUCAGCUCGAGGACGACGACCACUUAUCCAGUGGCGCUAGCUUUGCGUCCGAAGCGGGGCGUAUUUCUGGUGCUCGGAGCUGCAUUUGCUCGUGUGCUGACGCAAACGAGUUCGGCAUCACGUUGUCGUCCGUGAUCAUAGAAGGUCGUCAGCUGGCUGUUGUGGACAAAGAACUGCGGGACCUCCGCACGACCCUCGUGCGUAAAUUGUGCUCGCGGUUGACAAAGAUUUCCGGUUUCGGAAGAAGGAAGCCAUCGGGUUUGAAACCAGUCGCUUGA